AUGUCUGCACCUCCCCUUUCUGUCUUUGCCAGCGUUGGCCGCCUCAAACUUUCCAUCCCCAUCCUCAAAAACCUCACCCGUCGAUAUACUGGAGGUGACUUGUCUAUCUGGGGCAACUACAAAAAUUUGGAGGGGUUUUUCGGCCCCCACAACGCAUCUAUAACCCUGAAAGAUCAGGAAAUUCGACCUUGGGGUGUGAACCUCGUGUGUCUGGUGGGUACGGGCCAGACGCCAGCAUGGGUCCUGCAUAUCAUCUUCACACCAGAUUUUCUCUGGCUGAGCUUGGCUCCAACUCCGCUAACUGUCGAGGCUUGCCUAUCGAAGUCUGUCCAAUCAAACCGCCAAUUCCCAAUUGCGACUUCAAGCAUAAUCACCAGUAAUCGCUCGAUUGAUGAGAGCUGGAUGCAGCUUCUCGACACUUUCAGACAACACUUUCAAGCUUCUAUGAAGAGUGGGGGCUCAGCGAUUCCAUCCUCCAAGCUGGGUGUGCCCUCACCGAUGGCAACCUCAGACGGACACCCCGAGGAUAUCGACAUGGACCGGCCAUGGACCCCUCUAACUCCGGGAGCUGCAAUCCUCUCGAGCUCGCUUAGUUCUCCUCUCUCUGUCAUUGGGGGUGCCACGCGAGCGCAUAUACAAGCCUCGCCCAAGAAUUCAAAGGAAGGAGCUUCGAAUCCAUUUGCGCAGCUCAAGGGUUCAAAGGAGGCAACUCCGAAUCCAUUUGCGCACCUCAAGGGUUCAAAGGAAUCAGCUUCUAACCCGUUUGCGCAUAUACAAACCCAGCCCACGGUUUCAAAGGAAGCAUCUCCGAACCCAUUUGCACAGAUAAAAACGCAGCCUAAGGCGCCAACUCCUGACCCGUUUGCGCAGAUACGAGAUCAGCCAAAGGGUUGA